AUGCUCCAUUUGUCACUGAGGCGAUACUGGAUCAAAAACAUUCCCUUCGCACUCGCUCUGUUUGGGUUGUCACGUCCUAUCUACUGUGUGGGAGAUAGAUCACGGCCCAUUUCCUGCUCACUUGACAGAGGUUGUCAAUCACCUACUAUCACCAGAUAUCACUAUUACAGCUCUGCACCUCCUAUCAUGGCCUCUUCAGAUAUGCUCCACGUAAAGUCCAGAUGCCCCCUCUAUCCAGGCUCCAAGGUAAAGCGAUGUCCCGUCUCGGAUGACAAGGUGGUGUGGAAUACUCCGUGGCCAGAGUACACACCUGUCUGCCACACUGAUCCUGCAGUCAACAAAAAGCCAAAAUGGGCAGAUCCUGAAAUUGGUAAGUUUUCCCCAAAGUUCAAUGCUUUGGAUGGUGAUGUUGACCGCAGAAGUUUUGAAGGCAACUACAGAGUGGAGAGCAGAAAACCACUAAACCCUCGAGGCCGCACAGGCAUGGCAGGAAGGGGUCUUCUGGGACGUUGGGGACCCAAUCAUGCUGCAGAUCCCAUCGUCACUCGAUGGAAAGUUGAUGCUAAGGGAGCGAAGGUGCAACAUGCUGUUUCAAAACGUCCCAUUCUGCAGUUUGUGUCCAUUAAGAGGAAGGACUGUGGCGAGUGGGCCAUACCUGGGGGCAUGGUGGACCCCGGGGAACAGGUUUCCCUCACGCUGCAGCGAGAAUUCUCAGAAGAAGCUUUAAACUCUCUAGUUAUCCCGACAGGGGACAAGACCAAGCUGCACGAGCGUAUAACCAAGCUCUUUAAAUCCCCAGGAUUUGAGGUGUACAAAGGGUAUGUGGAUGACCCAAGGAACACUGACAACGCUUGGAUGGAAACUGUGGCAGUGAACUUCCAUGAUGAGUCUGGGGAUCUCUGUGACCUCAUACUGGUGUUCUUUGAUCCCAUGGGACAGGCCCUCUGCAAAAGGACACUUAACAUCGUUGAGUGCUUGAACGAGAAACACGGAGACCGGUUACGAUUUUACUUGAGCAAGGCUGAUGAGGCUGGAGGAGAAUCUGACCGACAGCGAGUGAUGAUGCAGAUUGUUCAAGAACUGUGCAAGCGUCCUGGACUCAACAAAUGUGGUUUUGACAUGCCCACUAUCUACAUUCCAAAUCCUAAUAAGCCAAGUCGCUGCGUGAACCAGAUAGAGGAAGUUUGUCGUGCCGUUGAGAAAACAAUCAAUCAGACCGUUCAGAACACACUCAACUCUUUGGAGAAAGACUGUGAACUUAUCAGCGAGGCCAUUACGGACACACUAGCCAACGAUCGGGAGAUGACUUCAGAUAACCGGCGUGCUCGCUGUAAGAGCUGCUUCCUUGCGCUGCUGGGCUUUAGCGUGCCGUUGGCACUUAUUGCUCUACUGGUAUUGGGCACUUUGUCCAAAGAGCUGCUAGAAGUGACACUGGGUUCAGAGGGAACAGAGGCUCUAUCUGUAUAUCUGUCCCCCAUUGUCCGACUCUUCGACUCUCUGACCGGAGAACAGCAGCUGUACCUGUGCGCUGGCCUCAUUGCGCUCUCGUUCUUCUUUCUCAUCAUUUCACGCUUCUGCUUCAAGACGAGUCAAACCAUGUCUGGCAAACAGAGAAGGCAGCUGCAGGAGAAGCUUGAAUACAUCCAGGAGGUGGUGAAGAGCAAAAAGAAAAAGCUCUAUGAAGAAUACCUGCGCCAGAGUGUCAGUGAUCAUGACAUGGACAUGGACAAAGGAGAGAAGUUCAUCCGAUUGAGUGUGGAGAAAGGCGUCCUCUUUACUGGGGCGAAGUUCUCCGCCAGCAUGGCCUGGAGACUGAUCCCAGAGCUUGUGGGAAAGGAGCACUUUCCACGUCCUGUGAAAGUUGACCGGGCGCACCGCACAGCACAACAAGCCCAACCGGGCAAAUCACGGACUAUCUUGGCCCGGAUUCAUCACUUUCAGGAGAAAGAGCUGAUUUUGCAACCCAGCAGAAUACAACAGGGAUUUGAGUACAACGGGAAAAAGGUUCUGAUUUUCCCUGACUACACCAGUGAAGUGAUCACCCAAAGACGUGCCUUUCGAGAUGUGAUGCAGACCCUCCGGGACCACAAGAUCAAGCACACACUUCGCUACCCAGCAAGGCUCCACGUGUACUGGCGUAAUGGGGAAGCACCUGCAAUCUUCAAUGAUGCCAAAGAGGCGGCUUGGUCCUUGGAGCAACACAAGUCCUCCGAAAAGGAAUAA